AUGGUGAGACCACGUCUACAGGACUACACGCAAAAGGUAGCUCAACUCAUUGCUACCGACAAGGAUCUCUGCGCCACACCGAAUGAUCCUCCCGCUGAUUGUCAGAUCUUGAAAUACCGCCUCGUGUAUGGUACUAGAGAAAAACGCCUAUUUAGGAUUAAUUCCAAUGGGGAUAUUUACUUCAACUCGGAGAAUGAUUUUGAAGACUGGAAGUCCAUCGGGUCAGCUUCCUUCACUGUGGUAGCAAGAAACUACAGAGAGUUCGGAACGGCGAAUGGAUCGACGCGGGUGACAGUGGUGAAUGGACGUCCAUAUGGAUUUUUUGAAGUGCCAUCAGACGUAAGUGCAAUUAGAUACCCUAAUGGUCUUUGGGAAGCGAUGUUCUUGGGUUGA